AUGCGUAGCCAUAUUGCACUGACGGAGAGAACUGCAGUUCUUGUCCUCCUGUCGUGGUCGUGCUGCUUCGUCAGGGCCGACCACCGCUCGCUUCCCCGACGUCCUCCCUUGGGCUCAAUGGCGCAGGUUGGAGGUCGCGCCUACGAGUACAUGGCGCUGGACUCUUACGCAAAUCCUGUGAGCGAGGAGUACUGCCCUCCCGCGCCACCUUCAGGAGGGAAAUUCUCCGUGUUCGGGUUCCUCAGCAUGAUGGUAUCGAUCAGCGUCACGGUCACCAACAUCCUGAACGCCAUUAGCAACAACAACAAUAACAAUAACAACGAUAACAAUGAUAACAAUAACAACGACAAUAACAAUAACAACAACGACCUCAAUCAGAACGGCGGAGGAAUGCAGGAUCAGAGUAACGCGGUCCCCGUCAGGAUCAACCAGGUGGGUCAGCACAACGCCAAUGCUGAUUUGGGGGCAGAGGGAUCGCCGGUGCUGACCGGCGCCCGUCCCACGCCCUCGAACCCCAACACGAUCUCGUUCGCCGGGAAAAACAUCGAUUUUGCGACAAACCAAAUGACCGAAGGCAGUUCCACAUACAAUGUUCUAACACGCAUUAACAACCAUAGUGUCUUCGGUUUCUCCCCGUCCUCUAUAGAAACCCGAAACCGGAUGGACCGAAACUCUCAACCGCACUUCAGUCACCGCCGACCCAAAAGCGCUCUAAAUGAAGCCUCGUGUUCAUGCCGAGGCGCUCGUGAUACAGUAGAGGGCAUCGCGGGCGCCUGGUGGGAAGGCUGCCUCGCGAGGGUUGCCUGCGACGAAGGGGACGACGACGAUGGGCGGCUCGGCUUCGAUCUUCUUGCCUCUAGAGUUACUAAGUUAAUGACACGUGUCUUCAGUAGACGUCUACUUAACGAAGGAAGAAGUGUGCGGACGUCAUCCCCUCCGCUGCCCUGCUCGUCCCUCCCUUGCUUACCUUUAGCACUUUUGAGGCAUUUCCUCCAGUGAUUUUUUUUUCUUUUUCAAUUCGUUAAUUAUGUUGAUAUGUAGAUAAAAUGUAUGAAUCUUC